AUGGAAUCAGAGGAAAACCCAUACGAAUUGCUCUCAAAAUUAAAAGAAGAACAGCAACAAUUGUUAGCCGAAAUUAACAAUGGAACUGAGGAAAAAAUUGCCCUUUGCAGAAAGAACGAGGAAUACUGCGCCAGGAUCAGAAAGCUUCAAGACAGGAUUGUAGCUGCUGAGAGCAAGAGAUCAUUCAAAUUGGUCAUUCGUUCAGGAGAAACUAAAUAUACAAAUCCAAGUAAGUAAACUGUUUGACGUUAUAGACGGUAAGUUUAGAAACCUCUACUUGAAGAGCGCUGCUGAGCGUAUACAUCUAGUUAGAUUUUAUACAGAAAGUUCUAUAGGGACGAAAAUUUCGCAUACGAGCUUGUUCAAUAUGAUCAAGCCGAGUAUAAUUUUGAAAAUUUCCUCCUUUCUGUUUUAAUCACCGAAGUUUUCAUGUAGCUAAUAUUGCUAGAUCCACAUCAUAUUGUUGUUUAUUCCUGUACUAUUAAAAUCAAAAUAUAAACUAAGAGCUUUAGGAGAAAGUUUGACAUUUUUUGAAGAUCCCAAAGUUGAAUAUGAUGAAUACGGGCCAACUAAAGGGCUAAUGAACGAGGUUAACAUGAAAUCAUUCAUGUCUGACGGUUUCUUUAAAUAAAUCAUCACUUACCUUCGAUUCCCUUUCUUUUUUAAGAUCUAUUUCACUGUU